CACCAGCUGGCGGCGCCUUCCUGACUGCGGCGGCCGGCGCUUUCUCCGGCUCUGCCCUUGUACCGAAGGGAGACGGGAAGACGCCAACCUCCCGCUUGAGGUACUCGGCGUCUCGCACCUUAAACCAAACGUCACCACGCGCAGCGGCCUUCUGAAAAGAACAAGUAUCUAAGCAUAAUUAAAUUUGUGUUUGCGGCCGUUUUGCACUGACGUAAAACUGGGCUGUCCUGCCGAAGUGAGUUUGUUCAGAAGAGCCGCAGAGCGCUUUGUCGUAAUGAAACAGACCGCUGUAGCGGUACCCCCACUGACUAUAACUGACGGGGACGCGGUCCGCGAAGGUGUUUGGGCUUCGGUCGUGUUUGCCCCACCGGCGCUGCUCGCUCUUUCUCCCCCACCUCGUUCGCUCCGAUUCGACGCUGCCUGUAUUUCUUUCGCUUCUUCUUUCGCAACUCCGAAAGUAUUAGAGCUGCCCAAGUGUCUGCUUCUGAUUCCCAUCGCUCACAGAAAGAAGACAGCGGAUUUAACUUGCUUGGCUUCUUCUUCGGCACGGCUUAGCCUUCUAUUAUUGUGUGCGAUAGCUUAGGAGGAAAUUGCUUUGACUCAUAAUUACACGCGCUAAUCCGCUUCUUAAGCACAGAUCUCUGACUACGUGUAGCCAGUCCCCUUCUGUCGGAGACAGUUACAGACGUUCGGAUUUGCAUUGAUGUGAAUACAGUUAGAAGUGUGGCCAAUGUCAACAGGAGUUAAUAUGAUAAACAAGUUAACUCUGUAGGUUACAUGUGCAGGAUGUGGGGGGAAUUCCGAAUAGAAUGCUAAAGAGGAGUAUCGGGGGAACGCGCCGUUUCUGUAUUCAUUUUGUGUGUGCGUGUGCUUGAAGACUUGCGGUCUUUUUUCUACUUUUUUUUCUCUCCCGUCGUCUUCCCUGCUCCAGCCGUGCUGGUUGUGCCAUCUAGAGAUCUUCGCGAGCUCACUGCAGUUGUCUGCUGUCUCGCGCGCAGCUUCCAAUAGUUGCGCUGGAUUCCUGCUCCCGGACUCGGGUCUCCGGCGCGAGGCACGCUAGCUCGCCUGGCUGGUAUAAUGAACUUGAAGAUUAGCGCUUCGACCAUGCUGACACUACUUCUUGGACUCUCGGGCCCGAGUCGCUUUCUCUACAGUCGGCAGAUGUUAAACAUGUCGGUGGCGUUCUUUUGAGAGCCAAAAAAAACUCACCCGACAGAGAGCGUCCAGAGAAGGUAACGCGUCGGAACAGCGCUGUAAGAAGCAUCCCGGAGGUUUGCCGGGGUCCUGUGAUUACACCUGAGAUUUCUGUUGGAAUAUACGCACAUGGAGUCUCCAGCGAGAGGAUUUUAAACCGGAUUUGGGGAGCAAACUGUACAACUACUCCUGUUUUGCGGCGUCAGCCGCACUGGUUACCCUGCUGGGUGUCUGAGGCUCUUGUGGAAAGGAUGCGCGCUGUGGAAAUGGUUUGCGUGUUAUCGUCUGGAGAUAAGAGAGCAUAUUGGAGAGCAGUACUGGAGUGAAACAAGCGGGUACUCUGAAACCUCUCUGAGAUACAACGGAUAGAUGUCCGCUUACAAAGGUGAAAGAGUGACCUAAUGCAGAGGAGUGCUACGACAGUGUCACAUGACAAGACACAAAGGGACCUUGCAUCUUUCAACAUACAGUAGAAGAGAAGAGAGAGAUACCCAGUCAUCAUUCCCAGGCAGUGAGACAGCUGCAGUGGCUGAGAAGCCUGUCGCGAGGAUUGCUAGACUGCUGGGAGAUGGUGAGGCACCAGCACUAACACCUCUGCAGAACUAUGUGAAGGAUGAAAACCUGAACAGAGCAACUCCUGUCUCAGUGCUGCACACUUCUGCUCUCAGCGCUGUCCUGCUGCUUUUGACGUGCUGAAGUGCAGACAGGGCGUAGCAGGACCCAGGGUGCAAGGGGGCCCUAUGGCAGAAAACUGCAUGAUAUAGGUCCCUGUGUGUGAUCUACCAUGGACAAAGUGCUCUGCAGCCUCCUGAUUCUGGGAUCCGCAGUGAUGAUGGCCCGCGCAUGUCCCAAAUACUGUGUCUGCCAGAACCUCUCCGAGUCUCUGGGCACCCUCUGUCCAUCCAAAGGCCUCCUGUUCGUGCCUCUAGACAUCGACCGCAGGACUGUGGAGCUACGGCUGGGUGGGAACUACAUCAUCCGGAUCACCCAGCAGGACUUUGCCAACAUGACGGGCCUGGUGGACCUCACACUCUCCCGCAACACCAUCAGCUCCAUCCAGCCCUUCUCCUUCGGCGACCUGGAGACCCUGCGCUCCCUCCACCUGGACAGCAACCGGCUGACGGAGAUCCGCUCAGACGACCUGCGGGGGUUGGUCAACCUGCAGCACCUCAUCCUCAACAACAACCAGCUGAGCUGGAUCUCCAACGAGGCCUUCGAGGACUCCCUGCUGACGCUGGAGGAUGUGGACCUCUCCUACAACAACCUCCGCGGAGUGCCUUGGGACUCCAUCCGCAAGAUGGUCAACCUGCACCAGCUGAGCCUGGACCACAACCUCAUCGACCACAUCGCCGAGGGCACCUUCACUGACCUGCAGAAGCUGGCCCGGCUGGACCUCACCUCCAACCGGCUGCAGAAGCUGCCCCCGGACCCCAUCUUCGCCCGGUCUCAGAACAAUGUGGUGCUCACCACCCCCUACGCCCCCCCUCUGGCCCUCAGCUUCGGGGGCAACCCCUUGCACUGCAACUGCGAGGUGCUGUGGCUCCGCCGGCUGGACAGGGAGGACGACAUGGAGACCUGCGCUUCCCCUCCCAGCCUGAAGGGGCGCUACUUCUGGUACAUCAAGGAGGAUGAAUUCGUCUGCGAGCCGCCUCUCAUCACCCAGCACACCCACAAGCUUCUGGUCCUGGAGGGCCAGACGGCCAGCUUGAAGUGCAAGGCCAUCGGCGACCCCACGCCCGUCAUUCACUGGGUGGCGCCCGACGACCGGCUGGUGGGCAACUCCUCCAGGGCGGUCGUCUACGAAAACGGCACUCUGGACAUCACGAUCACCACCUCCAAGGACUACGGGACCUUCACCUGCAUCGCUGCCAACGCGGCCGGGGAGUCCACCGCCUCCAUUGAGCUGUCCAUCAUCCAGCUGCCCCACCUCAGCAACGGCACGGGCCGCCCCUCCCAGCCAAAGUCCCGGCUCUCCGACAUCACCAGCUCGGCCAAGACCAGCAAGGGCGAAACCAGGAGUCCGCCGGAAAGGGUGGUGUCGGUGUCGGAGGUGACGGCGGCCUCUGCCCUCAUCAAGUGGUCGGUCAGCAAGGCCGCCCCCAGGGUGAAGAUGUACCAGCUGCAGUACAACUGCUCUGACGAUGAAGUGCUGAUCUACAGGAUGAUCCCAGCAUCCAGCAAAGCUUUCCUGGUGACCAACCUGGUGUCGGGAGUCCAGUAUGAUCUCUGCGUCUUGGCCAUUUGGGAUGACACAGCGACCACCCUGACCGCCACCAAUGUGGUGGGCUGUGUCCAGUUCGUCACCAGAGAGGACUACCCUCAGUGCCGGUCACUGCACAGCCAGUUCCUGGGGGGGACCAUGAUUCUGGUCAUCGGUGGGAUCAUCGUGGCCACGCUGCUGGUCUUUAUUGUCAUCCUGAUGGUCCGAUACAAAGUCUGCAGCAGCGCCAAUUCUGGGAAACUCCCCGACGUGAGCAACACCUACUCCCAGACUAACGGGGGACACAACGUCCACAACGGGGUGCUCCCCCAAGUGAACCCCAAGGUGGUGGUACGAGACGAGCUGAUGGAGUUCAACUGCGGCUCCCUGCAGAGCAGCUUGUCAUCCUCGUCCAGCUCGCUGGCCAGCAGGGACUGCGAUGACUACAGCCUGCACAGCAACAAGAGCACGCUGUCCAACAAGUGGAGGCCGGUCUCCUCCAGGUCCCGGCCCAACCUGGAUCACCUCCUGGGGGCCUUCGCCUCUCUGGAGCUCAGGGCCCAGAAAAGAGAGGCCGGGCCAUCCGAGUCGGCCACCCCUACUCUGGCCCCCCAUUCGGAUAAGGAGCCCCUGCUGGGCCGAGGGGACUCCAAGCUCAAAAGCCUUCUCACGUUACCUCUGGAGAGCAAGCCCAAGCGCAGCCACUCCUUCGACAUGGGCGACUUCACCACCACGCAGUGCUGCACUUACCCCAAAAAGAUAAGCAACAUCUGGACUAAGAGGAGCCUCUCGGUCAACGGGAUGCUUCUGCAGUACGACGACGGGGACCUGGAGGAGAGCAAGGCCAACUACGACAGCUCGGAGUGGGUGAUGGAGAGCACGGUUUAAGCAGAUCGGUGUAGUUAUUCUGGAACCAGGAGUUACUGAAACCCUGGCAGGAGGGGCUCCCCAGCUCUGUAUACCCACACCGCAUGAAGACCAUUCGUGUGAUACCUGUUGGCCUUCUGUCACGCGCAAACCCUCAGUGGGAUUUCCACAGCUCAUCAACCCCUGUCCGUCUCCAUCCUCCAUCUCUCUGCACAGUUCCAGGAUGUCGCUGCCCUAGCCAUAAGAAUGGAUUGGCCUGGGAAGCACUGGCAGAAAUUAGAUUCCCAUCCAGCAACCUGGAAUAAAAUCGUUCAUCUGAUGACUUGGAGUUUUCCAAAAGGAUAUCAGUGCCCGGCGGAGUAUCUCCCGGGAUUGGAAUUACCGUUGGAUUGAAAUACUUGCGUCUGAAAGCUGCCCCUUAUGUCCCUACCAAUCCAAGGAGACGUACUGCAGAGAAGAACUGCUUCAAAGUGGAUACAAAUUGUUAGGUUUUGAAAGACGGAUGUUCAAAGGAAUAACAUAUAUUGAAUGAAAUUGGAUAUCGGCUACUAAUGGAAAGGGACGAAGUCUGGCGUGAAAUGCGCCUCGUCAGGGAAAGAGGAAAACGUGUACAGUGGAUUCAGAUUCCUGCUUCUUCCCAGGAGACUGUAGGAGUUUUCAUUCGUAGAGAUACGAGAGAGAGAGGAUAAGCAUGCGCCUGCUCAUCUCCUUGAGCCCCUACACGGCCUCUCCGACAUUCGAUUUAGAAACCAGCUGCUCUUUCAUGGUCAGGCGGGACGUCCCGGGUGGAAUGAGAAAUCCGUUUACCAGAAAACAAACCGCCAUGAAUCCCAACAAGGGUGUAAACCUCGCAGUUUCUCUAAU